AUGAUUACUCAAUCUGAAGUCUCUAAGCAUAACAGCGAUGAGAGUUGCUGGGUGAUCCUAUAUGGAAAUGUCUACGAUGUUACAGAUUUCCUUGACAAUCACCCUGGCGGAGCGCAGGCAAUUCUACGAUUUGCAGGACGUGAUGCUACUGAGGACUUUGACCUAAUUCAUCCUCCUGAAACUUUGAAAGACAUUGAAUCAACACAUCUGGGCCCUGUAGAGCCAGAGGAGGUCUCUAAUCAUGUGGCUGAUUCUGAACCCACACCGAAAGCCGAGGUGUCUAUGUAUUCCUUGCUAAACCUGAACGAGAUUGAAGAGGCGGCCACCCGGGUCAUCAAUAAGAAGGCAUGGGCAUACUACUACUCAGCGGCAGACGACAAGAUCUCAAAGUCUCUAAACACCGAAGCUUAUCGCUCGAUCUUAUUCCGACCGAGAGUCUUCGUCGAUUGCCGAACCUGUGAAUUGGGAACGAUGCUUUUGGGCAACAAAGUCGGCCUCCCAAUAUUCAUCAGUCCGACUGCGAUGGCACGGCUAGGACAUCCAGCAGGCGAGAAAGGGAUUGCCGAGGGAUGUAAGUCUUUUGACUGUCUUCAGAUUAUUGCCAACAAUUCCUCUCUUUCUCCGGAGCAAAUCGUUGCCGAUGCACCAACAACCCAAGUAUUCGGAUGGCAGCUCUACGUCCAGCUGAAUCGGAAAUCAAGCGAAGACAUGCUAGCCCGCAUAAAUCGCUUGGACCAAAUCAAAUUUGUUGUUUUGACGCUCGACGCGCCGGUCUCCGGCAAAAGAGAAGAUGACGAGCGAAUCAAUAUCCAACCCCAUUCGGCUGGGAGUGGAAUUCAAACGCACGAGGAUGCACUCCUGGCGGCACAAUAUACACCUUUGGUCAAGGCUAUUGUGCUAUCGAAUCACGGUGGACGAUCGCUGGAUACAGCGCCUCCUGCUGUGCACACUCUUCUUGAGAUGCGGAGAUAUUGCCCAGUUGUAUUUGACAAGCUGGAGGUUUGGGUUGACGGUGGAAUACGCCGAGGCACAGACGCCGUGAAGGCAAUGUGUUUGGGUGCUAAGGCUGUUGGUAUUGGUCGGCCAGCGCUUUGGGGACUCGCAGCUGGUGGUGUAGAGGGGGUUGAACGAACUUUGCAGAUUCUAUCCGACGAGAUGAAAACAUGCAUGCGUCUACUUGGUACCAAAACAGUGGAGGACCUUCAUCCCCAUCUUGUUAAUACAAGCAGAUUGCAGCGAGAUAUCUACGGCGGGACGGAAUAUCUUGACGCUGGAAGCACCGUUGUGAUGAAGGGAAAGCUUUGA